UAUUCGCGCGCCCGCCAUCAGUCUUCUACUCGCGCUCGACGGUAGCAGUUGCAAACUACAACCGGGACAAUUCUGGAACCGAUAGACGAUUUUUGACCUGGUGUUAGAGUUCUGAUCCCAGAGGGAAGCGGGUAAUUCGCGAGUGAACUAAUUUAAACUGUUUCAUAAUACUGAAAGACGUAACAUCGGCGCGCAAACAACAACAAUAUCGGCGAUAUGGUGUUAAUAACCGAACUGAUAAUUGGUCUACUGGCUGGACUACUAAUCUACCGAGCUUAUCGGUAUUUGUUCGAGCGACCUUCACUAAACUUUCCACCCGGCCCACCGAGAUUACCUCUAGUGGGAAGUUACCCGUUCCUGUUGGCCCUAAACUACCGGCAUUUGCACCAGGCGGCAGCCAAACUAUCCAAACUUUACGGCAGUAAGCUGAUCGGUCUCUACCUCGGUCCCCUGCCGACGGUCAUCGUGAACGAUUACGAAACGGUUAAGGAAGUUCUUGGCCGGGCCGAUUUCGACGGACGCCCGGAUUUGUUUAUGGCGCGACUCCGCGAUGAACACUUCCAGAGGAGAGGCAUCUUCUUCACCGAUGGCGAGAGUUGGCGCGAGCAGCGCAAGUUUUUCCUCAAAACCCUGCACCAGUUUGGUUUCGGCACCCGCAGUCCCCAGGUGGACGCUGACAUCCAGGAAGGACUGGAAGAGUUGAUUGAUUUGCUUCGUGAUGGACCAAAGUUUGAGCACGAGAAGUUGCUGAUGGACGAAGCCCGCUUCGCGCUCUGUCCCAAUGUGUUCUUUGCGCUGUUUUCCAACGUGGUGUUGAGAAUGCUUAUCGGUGCUAGGCUAGCCCGAGAGGAUCAAGGGGUGUUGUUUGAGGUUGGAAAAAAUGCACUAGCUUUCCACCGCAAUGGGGACGAUUAUGGGAUGCUGCUUAGUUACAUUCCCUGGAUUCGGCAUUUGUUCCCCGAGGCUUCGAAGUACAAUCUCUUGCGGAAAGUGAAUCAACAGGCUAACGAAGUUAUUCUAAGUCUAGCAACGAAGUGCGAGAAGAGUUUUGACGAGAACGAUAUUCGUUGUUUCGUGGAUGCUUACAUAAAAGAGAUCAAAAGAACUAACGGUGGCCUUUCAACGGGGAAUGAUGAAUUUGGUUUCCAAUAUGAUCAGUUGGUGAUUGGAUGCGCAGACUUCUUAGUACCUCCGCUGUCGGCAAUUCCUGCCAAAAUUUGCUUGAUUCUGGAGCGUUUGAUGCAGUACCCACAGGUGCAAGGUAGAAUGUAUGGCGAACUAGCCGAAGUCAUUGGAACAAAUCGACUUGUGACGCUGGACGACCGAGUAAGGCUACCUUACUGCGAGGCUGUGAUAAGAGAGGGCCUUCGCAUCGAUACUCUAGUUCCUUCAGGAAUUCCUCAUUUGUCGACGAAAGAUACCACGCUGAAUGGCUACCAUAUCCCGAAGGGGACGGUUAUAGUAAACUUGUUGGACUCCAUCCACCACGACCAAAAGUUUUUCAAGGACGCGGAGAGCUUCGUUCCGGAGCGGUUCCUGAAUGCAGAAGGAAGAUUAGCGCCGGAUCAGGACAAAUCAAUGCCCUUCGGAGCGGGAAAGCGUGUAUGCGCCGGAGAUCAGUUUGCUCGCAAUGCUCUCUUCUUGGCAGUGACAUCGCUGGUCCAAAACUUCACCUUGCAAUUACCGGACGGUCAGACCAGUCCCGACAUCGAGGCACGCCAAACCGGUGUCAUACGCACGACGCCUGAUUUCAGGCUCAGAUUCACAAGUCGACGCUGAAGCAAGCGACAAACCAAAGACCAACACGAGCGCACCACCCGCACGCAUCAUUCUCACCAAUCGUUCAGUGUAAUUAUCGCCUAGAAAUAAUAACCAUUAAUCGUAACCUAAUAAAGCACGUUUUAUCUUAUCUUUUGA